CACCAUCACCACACUCACCACCACAUCACCACAACCAGCGCUUGCUUCGAUAUCGCGUCGCAUAAUACCCCAGAGAUACCCCAUUUGCUUUACCGAGCAUUGUAAUAUCCACCAACACAUGCGCUAGUGUCGCUGCUGUCGGCCACGAAAACAUCAACUCCAUCCACCUUCCAUCAACAAACCAACAGACUCUUCACCACCAGAGUCUUCAUCGCAUCAGCUCGCAACACCGCGACCUGUUCCUCCCGCAGAAGCACCUGCUACCACCGAGAAACCAGUCUCACCAACCGCCACCAUGGUCGGAACUCCCAACGUCAACGUGCCCACCGAUCCCAAGAUCAAGGAGAAGGAUGUCAACGCUAAGCUCCAGCUUUUCGGCAUCUACGCCGCCUUUGCCAAUGGCAAGGUCCCAUCCAACAAGCAAAUCGAUGUCGCAAUGAACAGCGCACUCGAGUGGAAGGGACUCAAGAGCCCAUCCAGCAAGCUCUCAACAGAAGGCCAGAAGCUGGUCGGUGAUCUGCGCAAGGUCAUCGAGCAGGCCAAGGUUCUGUUACUCACAAAGAACCAAGGCGAUCUCCUUCAGGACUUCAUCUGGCAAACUCAGCACCUCGGUUCCGGUGACGCCAACAAGGUGUCUGCGCCGAUCGACAAGGACACUGCGCAGCAGCACGGACAGCAGGCGCUUGAGGGUCUCCGCACCCUCGGACAGCUCAUCAUCACCAACGGUCAAUUCCGCAAGCUCUUGAAGGAUGCCUCCGUUCUCGUCCGCGACAUUGCCGGUGACGCCGCGCAAAACGCCGCCAACAAGGUCAACCCCGGUGAGGAGGAGCUCUCCAGAAUCGAUGAGCCCGCUCAAGACAACACCUGGCACGACGCCCCAGAUCUCUCCAAGGACAACUUGAAGAAGCAGGCUCAGGCUAAGAUCCCAAUUGGCAAGAAGGAUCUCGAGAAGGCCGCCGGCGAUGUCAACCAGGCUGCCGACCCCAACAACUCCCGCGAUCCCAACCAGACCGCCGACCUCGCCGCGAGGGAGGCCCAGCAGGGUCCAAAGAACACCAGCAUCGACCCCAAGGCUGGCGCUCAGCAGGCCAAGGAGAACGCGAAGAAGCUCUACGACGAGCGCGUCGAUGAGGAAGAUAAGCAGAAGGCGCGCGAGUACCGCGAGAAGACCAACGAGUACUUCAAGAAGAAGAUGCCCAAGGAGCGCCGCGAGCAGACCAUCUACCGCUUGAAGAAGAUGGUUGUCGAGAUCCAAGGCCACUCCGACUACCAGCAGGCCAUUGACACUCUUCUCCGCCUGGCUGAGGAGUACAACGGACACGCCAAGAGCGUGGCUGACCAGACCACCGGAGCCGUCAAGGGUGCUCACUCCCAGACUAGCCUGCAACGCGCGGAAGCUGACCUCAAGACUCUCUUGGAGCGCUUCGCCAACUCGACCUCGUUCGACGACCUUUUCGACUCCAUCAACCAGAUGUACAAGAACGCCGAGCAAGACCCCGAGCUUAGGAACUGGUUCCAGAGACUGAACCGCUUCAUCCGCAAGUGCUUGAAGGAGCAGGGCUACAUCCUCCAGGACGAGUCCAACGAGGAGUGGAACCAGAUCUACGACAAGGGCAACUUCCUCCUCCGCGAGCGCUACCGCGACGACACUAACCGCAUCGCCGAUGAGGGCAAGUUCCUCGCCGAGCAAUUCGAGAAGGACCCACAGAACGAUGCCUUUGGCAGGUCCAUGGAGAAGCUCUUCAAGGACUUGGGCAACGACGAGAACGGCAAGGCCGAGUUCAAGCCUCACUUGGUCAAGGACUUGACCGAGGUCAUCCUCCCUGCGUUCUUCACACACGUCCGCUACAUUCCAAUUCCUCGCAUUGAGGUGUCCGACCCGCAGAUCGACGCCAUUGUCGAGAACCUCGUCAUCGAGGGCAACAAUCUCGCACCCAACCAGCUCGAGUUUGGCAGCGACAACUACUGGGCUUGGGGACGUAUGGGAUACAAGUCGACCAACAAGAACAAGGUUCUCCUCUCCGUCGCCGGCGUUCAGUGCGAUCUCCGCGACGUCGCCUACUACGUCAAGCGCAAGCAGGGCUUCCCAAGCAUCACCGACAAGGGUGUCAUGGACAUUUCCCUUGGCGGCUCCGGCUUGAGCUUCAAGGUCGCAAUGGAGACUGCUGACAAGACCGACCGUGCUCACUUCUUCAAGAUCAACAAGGUCACCGUCGACCUCCAGAACUUGAACAUUAAGCUCAAGCAGUCCAACCACAAGCUUCUGUUCGGUCUCUUCAAGCCUCUCUUGUUGAAGGUCCUCAAGCCAGUCAUCCUCAAGGCUGUUGAGAAGCAGAUCCGCGACAACGUCAAGCAGCUCGACGCCAAGCUGUACGAGGUCAAGCAGGAGGUCGAUCGCGCCACCGAGGAGGCCAAGAACAACCCCGACCCCGAGAACCUGAAGAACAUUUACCAGCGCUACUUCGAGGCCUUCCAGAAGCAAAUGACCAAGGCCGACAAGAAGAAGGAGAAGCUGCAAGAGAAGAAGGAGAAGACCGAUGUCAACGUGGCUGUCACCCAGCACGACUCGAUCUUCAAGAACAUCAGCCUGCCCGGUGGCAUCAGCACCAAGGCGACCGAGUACCGAGACCUCGCCGCCAAGGGUGAGGCGUGGCAGUCGCCCGUGUUCUCGAUUGGCUCCGCCAGCGAGAGCAAGAACCUGCCAUCCGCCAGCAACCCAAGCCGCAAGUCUCGCAACACGGCUGCCGGCGGCGUCCGUGGCGGCAACGUUCCCUCCACCUCCAACAACGCCAACGGCUUCUCCUCGCAGGUCAACGAUGCCUUCAAGCCCAACCAGGACACCCUCGGCAGCGGUGUCGGUGGCACCAACCUCGGCAGCGGUGUCAACACCACUCUUGGUAGCAACAACCCCGUCCUCCAGGGCAACGUUUAAAUCAUACAACGUUUCUCAUGACUGGAUGUGUUCGGCGUUGGGAAAAAGCGAGAUGAUACCCGUUUUUUUGGAACAGACAGGACAGAGCAGAACAGGACAGGACGAGACUCAAGAAAUGUUUUCCGUUGUUGACGUUGUGAGAUCGAUGAUACCACUACUGCGAGAAGAAAAAGUGUGCUUCCUUUUUUGCUUUUGCUUGAUUUUUUUUGCGCGGACGAUGCGAGUAAUUAUAAUGCGGAUAUGAGGUGGGAGACUGGGGGACUUGUGGUGAGUUCUUCCGGUCUUUUCGCUGAGUGGACGUUGUGAAAUGGAUCUUUUUGUUCUUC